UCUCUCUCUCUCUCUCUCGCUCGCUCUAUCCCUAACCUUUUUCAAUUUUUUGAAAGCUACCAUUGUGACAAGAAGUUGAAGAACAAAUUAAAAUUGAACCCUUCAUUAUCUGCAUAUUUUUGCAGACAUUCCUCAGAUUCUUGCAGAGAUAGCCGUUCGUUUAUUUUUUCCCCAAUUCUUCAAGCCAAACAGCUUCCUGGGAUUCUAUUUUUUUUUGUUUUUUGCAGUGCAGUGGUCUUGUUCAAAUUCUCGAUUUCUGUGUUUCUUUUCUGGUUGAAGAAAGCCUUUUCUGUCACUUACUAGGUGUUGGUGGGAUGAUCAUGGGUGGAUUUGAAGCAAAGUUGAAAGAAUGAAAGCCCAAGUCAUCUCUCUGUCUGUAAACUUUAGUGUUGUUAGAUAAGAUAUGGCGCCUUAACCAGUGGAUUGAUUUUGAAAUAAGGCAUCAGGAUGGAGAGAAGAAAAUGGCCAUGGAAGAGAAAGUCAUCUGAUAAGAGCCCUGGAGAAACUGAGAGUUCUGGUUCAAUGUCGUCCUACUCCGAGAGGUUUUCCGACGAGCAGGACGCAGUCAAGUCAUCUCCGACUCACGAGACUCUAUCGCCUGAAGUAACGUCGAAAGCAGUAUGUAAGGAGGACAUUGAUGACGACGACGACGAUUCACCAAAACAAGAAGAUAUCAAUGAUAGUGUGAAAGAUCUCACUGAUAGAUUAUCUGCUGCUCUUUUGAAUGUGAGGGAAAAAGAAGACUUGGUAAAGCAGCAUGCCAAAGUUGCUGAAGAAGCCAUUGCAGGAUGGGAAAAGGCGGAAAGCGAAGUCGGACUUCUUAAACAGCAGCUCAGGACCACGGUUCAGCAAAAGUCGGCAUUGGAAGAUCGAGUGAGCCACCUUGAUGGGGCACUCAAAGAAUGUGUUAGGCAGCUCAGACAGGGAAGGGAGGAGCAAGAGCAGAAGAUUCGUGACGCCGUGGAGGAAAAAAGCCGCGAUUGGGAAUCGACCAAGGCGGAUCUCGAGAGGCAGCUCCUUGAGCUCCAGAGCAAAGCAGACACUGCUCAAUCUGAAUCUCCUAAAGUUGAUCCAAGCCUUGGCAAGAUACUGGAGUCAUUGAAGAGAGAAAAUGCAGCCCUUAGGCAUGAGCUCCAUGCUCAAUAUAGGGAGCUAAAAACCAGGACUAUAGAGAGAGAUUUGAGUACACAAACAGCUGAAACAGCCAGUAAGCAGCAUCUUGACAGCAUAAAGAAAAUGGCCAAGCUCGAGGCCGAGUGUCGGAGGUUAAAAGUAAUUUCAUCCCGACCAUCAUUGAUUAAUGAUCACAAAUCCAUAGCUGCUUCGACAAUGUCUAUCGAGUCACUUACCGACACUCAAUCAGAUAAUGGAGAGCAGCUUAAUGCAGUUGAUAUCGAUGUAAGACGAACUGAACGAAACAAAUGUGAACCUAGUUGCUCAGACUCAUGGGCAUCAGCCUUACCUAGUAAUCUUCCUUCUUCUCUUGAACUUGAUCUCAUGGAUGAUUUUCUUGAGAUGGAAAGGCUUGCUGCAUUACCCGAAACUGAUAAAGGAAACCGUCACCAAGAAUCAGAACCUUCUGCUCGCCCAGCUGCUGAAGAAAGUGCCAUGAUAACUGAGCUCGAGACGAUGCGGCACGAGAGAUCUUUAAUGGAAGAGAAGCUGAAUGAGAUGGAAGAAGCCAAGAUAGAAUUGGAAGAGAAGCUGAAACAAAUGGAAAUGGAGAAGAACGAAAUGGAAGAGCGGCUUGAGAUGAUGGAAAUCGAGAGAGAUGAAGUGAAUCAAAUGUUAGCGAAAAUGGAAACCGAGCGAUCCGAAUUGGGGCAAAUCUUACUGAAAAUGGAACAAGAGAAGGUCGAAAUGGGAGAUAAGUUAAUGAAGUUAGAGACAGAAAAAGAUGAACUGGAGACUGCUUUAUCCGAGAGUCAAAACUCUGUUGAACUUUCACAAUCUCAACUCAAGGAAACAGAAAUGAAAGUGGAAAAGUUACAAACUGAGCUCACCAUUGCAAAUGAAUCAAAGCUAAGAAUUGAGUAUCAACUUAUCAGCAUGGAAGCAGAAUCCUUGACCAUGUCUGCAAAAGUUGGCAUGUUAGAAUCUGAUAUCCAAAAAGAGAGGGCUUCGGCAUUGGCAUUGACAGUCAAGUGUCAAGAACUUGAAGAACAGCUCUCAAGAAAUAAACAAGAUGAAAAACAAUCACAAAUCGAAAUCUCCAAGAACGAAAUGAAGAUAAAACAGGAGGAUCUAGCUGUAGCUGCUGGGAAGCUUGCUGACUGUCAAAAGACAAUAGCUUCUCUUGGAGAUCAGCUCAAAUCUCUAGCAGCGCUCGAAGAUUUUCUGAUCGACACGACGCAGCUACCGGAGUUCACAGCCAGUGAAUCGCAUAACGUCAUUAGAGAUGGUGAGGAGCAAUGGCAGCACUCGAAUGGGGCGUUUUCGCCCAAAAGAGAUUCAAACUAUAGUAAACUAGUUGAUGACAGUUCUGAACCAUCAAUGAGUAAGAAUGAAGACAAUUCGCCCCCGUCUUCAUCUUCAUCGACUUCGUCGUCUGUGAUUGCAAGUCAUGUUGUCAAUUCUGAGAAAAACCGAAACGGUUUUGCGAAGUUUUUCUCUCGAACCAAGAGCGGGAUAAAGCUAGAAAUUUAGUCAGGAAUGGAUAUGGUGUCUAGAGAUUUAGUACAGUACAAAAAAAAAAAAUUGACUGUAAAACAGCUUGUUUCUUCUGCAUCUUGUUGAGUGUUUUAAAUCUUCACUUGGAUGGACUCUGUAGAUCUUUGUAACCAGCUUCAAAAUGGCCUGAGUAAUUUUGUUUACCCUCUGGCCUUCAUAUU